GCCAGAACCCUUUCCAGACUUACUCCUCCUCAUCCUAAUCUUCUGCUGCAGUCAGGAACACAAAGCAAAAAUAGCCAGAAGAUCCAGAAAGUACAGAUACAGUCACUUGCUCCAGUGCAGAGCAGCUGUCGUCUGCAGAUGUGAUUCUGUCCAAGCACAGCUGCACAAUUCACCAAUCGACAACCUGCAUGGUCAACUAGGCAUCUCCAACGACUCCCAGUAAAACCUCAUCUGUGUACGCGACUGUGUAGUUGCUACAGAUCCCUGGAUUAUACCGACUAAUGCUUAAAUAAAUGCACAAACAACUACCACAGGCGGCAGCGGUGAGACUCUGAAGGGUUUCUGUUCAAAUGGCUUGGCUCCUCUCCCCACGAAGAUGCUGUUGGCUUAUGCCUCCUGUGAUGCUGGUCUCCAUGGCUGUGUGGAUGCUGCUCACAGAUCCCAACAAGCUCACCUCUCACCUCAGGCACCAGGAUGCCUGGUUUGACUACAUUGUUGCCAACCUCAGCUCCAAUGGCACUUGCAACUGCGACGCCAUCCUGAGAGGAGAGCCGGAGGCCGUGGAGCAGGCAAAACUCCUCAACUUGGAGCGACUGUUCCGGAAACACACCCGCCUCUCAGACGACCACUUCUUGUACGUUAGCCAAGACUGCGGCACCUUCCUGUCCUCCAGGAAGUACCUGCCCUUUCCCUUAAGCCGCGAGGAGGCAGAGUUUCCUAUUGCCUUCUCGCUGGUUGUCCACCACAAGGUGCACAACUUUGAGAGGCUCCUGAGGUCCAUUUACGCCCCUCAGAACUUCUACUGCGUCCACGUAGACACCAAGGCGCCGGCCUCCGUUUUGGCCGCCAUCACCUCCAUCACUUCCUGUUUCCAGAACGUCUUCCUGUGCAGCCAGCCAGUGGGGGUGGUCUACGCAGGCUGGUCGCGCGUCCAGGCCGACAUCAACUGCAUGCGCAAUCUCUACAACAUCAGCGCCUCGUGGAAAUACUUUGUCAACCUGUGUGGUCAGGACUUCCCCAUCAAGACCAACCUGGAGAUGGUGCGUAGCCUGAAGGCGCUGAAGGGUCGGAACAGCAUGGAGUCGGAGAACGGGGGCUCUAAGGAGGGGCGCUGGAAAAAGGUCCAUGCGGUGGUAGACGGGCAGGUGCAGAGGACGGAAGUGGACAAGUCGCCUCCUCCCUUCAACCUGCCCAUCAAAUCGGGGGGGGCUUACAUGGUGGUGACGCGGGGCUUUGUAGAGCACGUGCUGACAGACAGCAGGGUCCUGGAGCUGCUGAAAUGGGCUGAAGACACCUACAGCCCGGAUGAGUUCCUGUGGGCGACCAUCCAGAGGAUGCCCAGGGUGCCGGGCAGCCAGAGGCCCAGCGCCAAGUACGACACCUCCGACAUGCAGGCCAUCGCCAGGCUGGUGAAGUGGCAGUGGCAUGAGGGUGCGGAGGAGGCCAAGGAAGCCGCGUACCCGCCCUGCCAGGGGCGCCACGUCAGGGCCGUGUGCGUGUAUGGGGCAGGGGACCUCUGGUGGAUGUUGCAGCAGCAUCACCUGUUUGCCAACAAGUUUGACGUGGACGAAGACUUUGUGGCUGUCCACUGUCUGGAGAAACACCUUCGGAGUAAGGCCCUGACAUUCAGGAAACCCUGAGCUUCGGGGUUCCACAGCGCAGCACUGGCUCUUCUCUUUCACAGCUCGUAGUUUGAUAUGGCUAACUGAUGAACACAUUGUAUUUGACCUUUAAUGCCUUCGAAUGCCUUUACCAUAUAGCCUUCGAAUCAUCCUAAUGUGAGGCACUGUAGGCUUCCAGUGCUUUUUAUAUAUACACACACACACACACACACACACACAGACGCACGCACAUCUAAACACACACACAGACGCACACUCAGACACAGACACACACACACACAAGCCAAGACAGCGGCAGCUUCCUGUCCACCAGUAAUUGCCCAGGGGAAAAGGUAAUUACUGGUGGACAGGAAGCUGCCGCUGUCAGCCCUCCCUUCCGGGAGAUUAUAUAGCAUUUCCGAACGUCAUGGAGCCGCUAUGGAAAUGCGGGAGACUCGCGGAACUUCCGGGAGACUUGGUAUGUCUGUUUGGCCAUUGUCAAGUUUGGCCUGUGUUGUUGCAAGUGGAACUGAAUCGUGAUUAGACACAGUGAUAUAACUGUAUAAUAGUAUAUACAUUUAAUUACAUUUGAAAAAUAUAACAUAAAACUUAAUGCUCCUGCAGUUGUUAUACCUAUACCAGCUUGUGUGGUCCAUGCAAUCCGGUCCAAGUUUCCCUCUGAGACAUACGGCGGCUUUGAAUAUACUUUUUUGAGUGAUGGAUGUUGUUAAAAUAUGCUGUAAGUAAUUAUUUAAAAAAUUAAAUAAUACGUAUAAUUUAUAGGAAACCCACAGAUCAACCCACAGAUCACAUUGGCUUCAGGAAACCAAACUAUAGCCAUUUACUUAUGGAAGCGACUCAGAUGCUUAGCAAUAGAUGACCCCUUGUCUGGUUUCUCAAUCCCUCUGCGUUGACCUAGUCUAAUUCUCUGGCUUUUUAAAUUCUGAUUCUGCUCCCUCAGCACUUCCUGGAUGGUCUUCUCUCUGCACCGGUUAGCUAUUCCAACCAUGAUCUCCUGCCUGAAGUAGUAUGCCUUCUCUUUCCUCUGUUGGACAGCAACAUACUGCUUUGCUGCCUUGGAGAACUGAUGCCUGAACUGCAGUUUCCCGUCCCUUGUAACUGCAUUAUCCCGUGCCACAUUGCUGUUGUGGGCUAAGGCAGCCACACGUGGACGUGCCACAAAACCUUUCUGGCUAUAUUAUUUUUUUGUGCGUAUUUUGUGAAAAGAUAAUUUACACUCUCUAGCUCUCCUGUGUGGAAGCCUGUAGUGGUUUUCUCCAGCUUCUUUAGCAACAACUUAUCCAGAACAACCUUUUGCAGAACCUCAAAUGCUGUUGACUUCUCCUGGAUCCAGGGAUGUCACCUUUCUUCUUCAGGUGUAUAUGGAGGGUGUUCGCACCUGGAGAAUGUUUCACUGGACAGCCACUCGUGCACAUUGGUGAUAUGAUGCAGUAUAGAGGUCCACUUCUCCUUCAGUUUAGUCUUAUUCCCACUGCAUGUUGCCACAGAGAACCACAGGUGAUUGGAUAUGCACUUAACCCAUUCCAUCAGAUCUGGUGACUUGAUCUUGAGUAGUCGUUUUUUCAUGUUCUUCACUAUGUGCCACAGGUCAUACUCAUGCUGUACUGUGCUAUGCUGGCCCUUCAUGAUCUUCUGAACUGAUGGGUGGCAGUCUGUGGCCAGGAUGGAAAUUGAGACACCAUGGUCUGCAAGCUUGGUGAGGCACCUCUCAAGGCCUGCUGUCUCAAGCCAGUAGCUGUUCUUUACUUCAGUCACCUUGACGGUUUCCUGAGCUACUACCAGCUUUUGUAUCAAGCAAUGUGUAUGUGCCAAAAGUAGCAUUGUGACCUGGGCUAUCAUACCUGGCAUCUCCCGAGUGGAUGAGCUGCUCAUCCCCUACCGCUGUCAUGAUAUUUCAUCGUGGAGGGUCGACUGGCGAUUUACUUCAGGGAUGACGUGUGCUUUUUGUAUGUUGUACCAUUCCCUUUCUGAUAAGGUCUCCAACUCAAGACAUUUACACAUUUCCAAAAAUGGAGCACAUUCAUUGUCAGUAAUAAAGACUGCUGUGGGAAUCAAUAUGCCACCUCCCUGAAAUGAGUCUCUGCAAGUUGGGAUGUCUGCAAAUUGAAGACUGAAGGUACAGCAUCUGGCAUCAAACAAUUGGUCUUAACUUUUGUUAGCAUUCCAGAGGCAUUAAAAACAGGUUUAUAAAUAUAAUCCACUUCUGUAUAGUGAUCACUGCAAACUCUGAAUCCGGGGGCAACUGGUGGGCUUUGACGCUUCAUAGCUACAAGCCAUUUUCGUAAAACCGGUUGCCGCUUGAGGGCUAGGACAUAAUAGUGAAUGCCUUCUGUCCUGUAAAAUUUGUAAGCCAUUUCCACGUCUGUGUUGUCAAUCUGUCACAGUCAAUCUUGAUGACUGCUAGCUGUCAGUCACAGUACUCAGAGCCAUAUAAAGGAAGGAAUACAACAAGCCUGCCAUGAAAUGCACCCCCUGUAUUGUCUGUUCUGUAUAUCCCAGCACCAAAGUAUUCUUACUGUACACUGAGGGGCCUAGUAUCAGAAACCAGAGUAAGUUUCCGGUAUGUAACACUUUCCUAGUCAGAGUUAGCAGGGGGUGCAUUGCAGGAUGCCCAGCAUCAUGUACAUUUAAUAGCAUGCAUUUAAUACCAAAACAUGUCUUUGUAUAGGUUGGAUAGGUCUGAAAACAAAUUAGUCAAUGAUAGGUGAGGGAUUAUUAUGUUUGAUCUAUUAUUCAUUCAUUUCAUUGACUUAAACAAUAAUAGUAACAUGUCCUAUCUUAAAAAUAGGAUUUGAUGGUGAGAACAUUUAUUUUGAUGUUGAUACAUAGAGGUUUUAUUGUCUUUUGUAGGCUAGGCUUGUGAAACUUUGCUCCGUUUUCAGGACUGCUGAUAUUCUGGAUCAGAAGGCUGUCGUUUUCGACCUGUCUGAGUAGCCCACCCUACACGCAGGCUAACUGCAUUAAAAUGGAAUGCAUUGCCCACAUGCUACACAUACAUAAGUAUGGAGAGCCAUGUGAAAUACUUUGAACCUGCGAUGGAGGAUCCCCCCCCAGGCCGGGAACCCCCCUUGGAUCCCUUGGAUCCCUUGGAGCCAGAACCCUUUCCAGACUU